CGCGGGCGCGGGCGCAGGCGCGUUGACUGAGAGCGGCGGCGGCUAUGGACGACGAGGAGGAGACGUACCGGCUGUGGAAGAUCCGCAAGACCAUCAUGCAGCUGUGUCAUGACCGUGGCUACCUGGUGACCCAGGAUGAGCUGGACCAGACCCUGGAAGAGUUCAAGGCCCAGUUUGGGGACAAGCCGAGUGAGGGGCGGCCACGGCGCACAGACCUCACGGUGCUGGUGGCGCACAACGAUGACCCCACUGACCAGAUGUUCGUGUUCUUCCCAGAGGAGCCUAAGGUGGGAAUCAAGACCAUCAAGGUGUACUGCCAGCGGAUGCAGGAGGAGAACAUCACGCGGGCCCUCAUCGUGGUGCAGCAGGGCAUGACCCCAUCCGCCAAGCAGUCUCUGGUGGACAUGGCCCCCAAGUACGUCCUGGAGCAGUUUCUGCAGCAGGAGCUGCUCAUCAACAUCACGGAGCACGAGCUGGUCCCAGAGCAUGUCGUCAUGACCAAGGAGGAGGUGACGGAGCUCCUGGCCCGGUAUAAACUCCGGGAGAACCAGCUGCCCAGGAUCCAGGCCGGAGACCCGGUGGCCCGCUACUUCGGGAUAAAGCGAGGGCAGGUGGUGAAGGUGAUCCGGCCCAGCGAGACCGCCGGCCGGUACAUCACCUACCGGCUGGUGCAGUAGCCGCCCCUCGAGCCAGUGAGACGCGCCGUGGGCCCGCGGGGCCUGCCUGUCCGGGAGUGAGCCCCAGCUUUCCUCUCCCCUUAGUCCACAGUCGUCUCUAUCACCUCCCUGUGGGGGGGGUUGUGGAGGCAGCCCCACUUCCCGCUCGGCCGGGCUCACCUCGCACAGCAGGCCUGACACGUGGUCGUCCGCCCGUCUCUCUCCCACCCUGUGGCCUGGAGACAGAUGGGGCUGUGCGCCCGCACCACGAGGAACCUCACCGCUGCUUCUCCGGACCCUGGGGUGACCCCGCCUGGGUGCUGAGCCUCACCCUGGACCCCGCAUGAGCGAGCCUCCAGAGGGGACAGGAUGCCACAGGGAGGUCCGCAGCAGCUAGUGACCUGCCGCCGUCCUGGCUCAAGUGUCCAGCCGGCCCCCAGCAAGGCGGCCUGGCCGUCUGUCCACGGAGCGGCGGGGGAUCAGCUGCUCUGAUGCUGGGUGUUUGUAAGAGGGAAAAUAUUGGAGUAAAUAAAUUGGCCGGUCUGGAGGAGCAAGGCGGGUGACAGGUGUGCUGUGAGUGGCCUUGCUCGAGGCCCUGGACCCUGGGCCCGUCCCCGUGUUCCGCGGGGCCUGCUGCCCCUCCCCCCAUGGGGGCCGCGUCCAGGCGGGUCCCGGUCCGGAGUCUGCAGUGGGGGCGGGCAGCGGGGGGGCUUGCUCUCUGCGUCCUUCCCGCGUUUUCUUGCGUGGAAGUGUGUGGUCAGGUUACCGGUCUCCGCGUUAGCGAUUCCACGCGGGAGGCCUUCCUGGUCUGGGCAGAAGGUCGGCUCUUCUUGUCUUUCGGCCGGCUUUACCGAGCUCUGGUUUACGUGUCACAGUGGACGUGUUGCAGGACGCCCCUCGGUGGCUUUCAGGUGCCGUCAGUUUUAGAACUCGUCGCCCCGAAGCAGUCCGUCCCCAUCAGCUGCCAGUCCCCGCCCCCCCAGCACCGUCCCGUUCGCGGAGGAGCCUGGGCUGGGCGUGGCACACGUGUGGACUCAGCCUGCGUGCCCUUCUGUGUCUGGCUCCCUCCCUGAGUGUCUGGGCUCGGGGUCUGUCCCCGGGGCUGCAGGUGGGGGCCUCGCUCCAGCUCGGGGCCGCGGGCGCUCCUAUCCGCGGGGCCACGUGUUGUGUGUCCGGCUGCGAAUGCGAACAUGCCGUUACCCGCUUCGCCUCCGGCGGACCCUGGACCUGUGCGUCUUGGGCCGUGAUUUAUGAAUACUGCUGCCGUGAGCGUCGGUGUGCGAGUUCCGCGUGGACGCGUGUGUUUGUUUUUUCUGGGUGUGUGUCUAGUGUGGACUUGCUGGCUUGUGCGGAAGCGGGCUACCCAAUGCAGACACCGCUGGGCGGUUCGGUGCCGUGGUGGCCCCGAGUCACAGUCGCACGGCCUUGCCUGUGCUUGCUGCCGGCGCCCUGCACGCGCGAUUCCCUCCUACGACUGACCCCAUGAGUUGUUCUCUGGUGCUGAGAACGUGUCGUCUCUGCAGGCAGGUCUGCUCCACCUGCACGGGGUUGGGCUGCGUGUCCCUGUCGCUCCCGGCACAGGCCACAGGUAUGCGCACAUGUCUCUUCUCACAUACACGCUUGGCAGAGGUGUGACCAUGAUUUCGAUUGCUUAAACACCUGUUUGUAAGUUUGGUGAGUUCACACGUGGCUUUAAGCUCUGGGGUUGACUCGGGCCUGUGUGGCACGGGGAUGUGCUUUCCCCCAGCAGACCAGGGUCUCGAUACUUUCUAGAAUGGCAGUGGGGCCUCCUGUGCAUGUGCACUGGCGUGGGGCUGUUUCAGGGUCCUCUCCCACAGAUCUGUCCACGUGUUAGAAGAGCUUGUUCCCAUCCCCCCAAAUACACAUGUCCUGCCUUCCAAAGUCAGCUCGACCAGAGUAAGCCAGAUCCAGAAGGAUGGAACCUACAGGACCCCCUCCCAGGAGGGCCCCAGACGCGGCCCGUCCCCAAGCGGGAACAUGGUCCAGCCUCAGGAAGGGAAGGACCCUGACCCUUGCUACGAUGUGAAGGGACCCCGACGACACGGGGCUCGGCGAGAGCGGCCAGACCCAGAGGGACCCGUCCCGCAGGUCCCCACUCUCAGGAGGUCUGCAGAGGAGUCCCGUCCACACAGACAAGAGAGGAGGGGGUGGGACCAGGGGCUGGGGCAGGAGUGGGAAGUCCGUCCUUCAUGAGGACAGUCUCUGUGUGGGGGGAUGGGACGUUCUGGAGAUGGAGGGCAGGGGUGUGAGUGCCUCCCUCCGUGGAACUGUGCGUGCAGAGACGGUGAAUGUCCUGGAUAUCUUAACCACAGUAAAAUAAAUUUGGUUAUUGGA